AUGUUACUGCCUUCGAAUAAAGUUAAUGAUGAUGAUCAAAAAAAAAUUCACUUUACGGAUUUACAAGCUGGCAGGGGUAAAAAAUAUUUGGUUCAACGUUUGGGUGGUGGGUCUAUAUGUGACUUGACAGGUAAACCGAGACAAGUUGAAAUUCAG